AUGUCUCCAUGGCCUGAAGAUGGUUUAAUUCGAGUUGCUAACAGAGCACUUCAAAAUUUAGAUAUGGAAGAUGAUGUUCGUGAAUCUACUGUUCAUUUAUUCAAAUAUUUUCAUACAUCUAUUAUACCAUUAUCACAGAAAUUCUUAAGAAAUUUAGGUCGAAAAACCUAUGUUACUCCUACUUCAUAUCUGGAAUUAAUAGACAGUUUUAAAAGACUUUUAACUCAAAAACAAAAUGAAACAAGUAGAGCUAGAAUGCGUUAUGUAAAUGGUUUGGAUAAAUUGGCGUUCGCUGCUGAACAGGUCGCUGAUAUGCAAAUCAAACUGGAAGAACUUCAACCUCAACUUGUAUUGGCUAGUGAAGAAAAUGAAAAACUUUUAACCGUUAUAGCUACUGAAUCAGUCGCAGUUGAAGAACAACGUGUAAAAGUUAAAGCUGAAGAGGAAAUUGUCAACCAGAAGGCUGAUGCAUCAAAAGCCCUAAGUGAAGAAUGUCGAGCUGAUCUGGCUGAAGCUCAGCCUGCAUUGGAAGCUGCUCUUUGCGCCCUGGACACAUUGAAACCAUCUGAUAUAACAAUUGUGAAAUCAAUGCAAAAUCCUCCACCGGGUGUUAAACUUGUCAUGGAAGCAGUUUGUGUUAUGCGUGAUAUUAAACCAGACAAGGUGAAUGAUCCUUCAGGAUCAGGUAAAAAGAUCAAUGAUUACUGGGGACCUUCAAAGAAAUUAUUGGGUGAUCUAAAUUUUCUGACUUUACUCAAAGAGUAUGAUAAAGACAAUAUUAAUCCAGCGAUAAUGCAACGUAUACGCAAAGAAUUUAUGACAAAUCCUGAAUUCGAUCCAGUCAAAGUAGCCCGUGCAAGUUCAGCUGCUGAAGGCCUGUGCAAAUGGAUAUUAGCAAUGGAACAGUAUGAUCGUGUAGCUAAAAUUGUAGCCCCGAAACGAGCUAAAUUAGCUGAAGCUGAAGCAGAACUGGCGGAGAAUAUGGCCUGUUUGAAAAAAACUCAAGCUGCAUUAGCUGAAGUUGAAGAAAAACUGCAGAAUUUACAAAAUCAACUAGAAGCUACACAGAUUGAGAAACAGCGUUUAGAAGAUGAAGUGCAGGAUUGUGCUACAAAAUUAGAAAGAGCAACAAAACUGAUUGGUGGACUGGGUGGAGAAAAGGAUCGUUGGGCACAAGCAGCAGAUUAUCUUGAAAAGCUGUAUCAUAAUCUUACUGGUGAUGUGCUUAUAUCAGCUGGUAUUAUCGCCUAUUUAGGACCAUUUACAUUAAUUUAUCGAGACGAGUGUAUUUCUGAUUGGAUUGCUCAGUGUAAAGCACAACAAAUUCCAUGUUCUGAACCUUUUACGCUGACUCAGUGUUUAGGCGAUCCUGUGAAAAUUCAACAAUGGAAUAUUAAUGGUUUACCACGUGAUGCAUUUUCAAUAGAUAAUAGUGUUAUUGUUGCAAACGCUAGACGAUGGCCAUUAAUGAUUGAUCCACAAGGACAAGCGAAUAAAUGGAUAAAAAAUAUGGAAAAAGAAGCUGGAAUCAUUGUUGUCAAACUGACAGAUAGUGAUUUUAUUCGAAAUCUAGAAAAUGGUAUCCAAUUCGGUUCUCCGAUACUACUAGAAAAUGUUGGUGAAGAAUUAGAUCCAAGUUUAGAGCCUCUAUUAUUGAAACAAACAUUUAAACAAAGUGGUGUGGAAAUGAUUCGUUUAGGUGAAAAUAUUAUUGAAUACUCAAAAGACUUUCGUUUGUAUAUUACAACAAAACUUAGAAACCCGCAUUAUUUGCCGGAGAUUGCAGUGAAAGUUUCACUUUUGAAUUUUAUGAUUACACUAGAAGGUUUAGAAGAUCAGUUAUUAGGUAUUGUUGUGGCUAAAGAGAAACCAGAAUUAGAAGAAGCACGUCAAGAAUUGAUUAUAACAACCGCAAACAAUAGACGUAUGCUUAAAGAGACUGAAGAUAGAAUAUUAGCUACAUUAUCAGAAUCUGAAGGAAAUAUUUUAGAGAAUGAAGCUGCUAUUGAAAUACUGGACUCAUCGAAAUUAAUUUCAGAUGACAUCUUAAGAAAACAGAAAGUUGCUGAAGAAACACAAAUAAAAAUUGACGCUGCAAGAAUGGACUACUCCCCGAUUGCUAAACACUCAGCUAUACUAUUCUUCUCAUUGACAGAUUUGCCUAACAUUGACCCAAUGUAUCAAUAUUCCCUGGCAUGGUUUGUUAAUCUCUAUGUGAAUUCUAUUCAUGACAGUCUGUUGCUUCCAUAUCUUCACACAACUACAACUCUGCUUACACUGGCUGCUAUACGUGUUGAAUUCCUACUAACAAAUUCUAUGGAUCAACGAAUGCAUGAUCGUGGACCUCCGCCGUCUCUGACAGAAUCAGCUUUGAUCAUUUAUGUUAUAGGUUUUGUUUGGCAACAAAUGAAAAAGCUCUAUAUAUGGGGUUUACGAGCUCAUUUAACAGAUAUGUGGAAUCUUGUGGAUUUUGUUAUGAAUUCACUCUACAUAUCAACGAUAUCGCUAAGAACAGUAGCUUGGGCUAGAACAGUGUUUUACAAUGAACCACGUUAUGUGAAUCGUGGCCAAUGGGAUUCAUUUGAUCCAGUUCUUGUUUCAGAGUGUCUGUUUGCUGCGGCGAAUAUCGUGUCGACGUUGAAAUUAGUUUAUGUCUUCACAGUUAGUCCACAACUUGGUCCAUUGCAAAUUUCACUUGGAAGAAUGUUAUAUGAUAUAUUUCGUUUCUUUUGUGUUUAUUUCCUUGUUCUUGUGGCAUUUGCAUUCGGCUUUAAUCAGUUGUAUUGGUUUUAUGCUAAAAAUCGUGCUAGAAAUUGUAAAAAUGUUCAUUUCACUCUGGAAGAAGGUCAAAAAGAUGUUUAUGAUUAUUGUAUUACACGUGGAACAUAUUUUACAAAUUUAUUUGAAAUUGUUCAAUCAUUAUACUGGUCUGCAUAUGGUUUAAUCGAUUUGACAAGUUUCAAUUUGGAAUAUCCUCAUGUAUUCACAGAGUUUGUAGGUAAACUAACCUUUGGGACGUAUUCUUACAUCGCUUUCAUUGUGCUAUUGAAUAUGCUGAUUGCAAUGAUGAACAGUUCUUAUGAACAAAUUGUAGGUCAAGUGGAUGUUGAAUGGAAAUUUGCACGAUCAAAGCUAUGGAUCAGCUUUUUUGGUGAAGGUUGUACUGUACCUGUUCCAUUCAAUAUAAUACCUACACCAAAAUCAUUUAUGUAUAUGAUGAAUUCAUUGAAAAAAUUGUUUUUAAAUUGUUAUAAAGAGAAAUUACAUCGUAAUAAUUGGGAGACAGUUCGUCAACGUGUAAAACAAGUCAAAGAACGUGAAGCACGUUAUCAAGUUGUCAUGCGUGAAUUAACUAAACGUUAUAUUAUGUACAAACUGAAAUCUGGUGAAAAUGAAACAGUCAGUCCAGAUGACUUGAGUGAAAUUAAAGGCGAUAUCAGCGCAUUCCGACAUGAAUUACUGGAUAUCCUGAAAUCGAAUGGUAUGAAAAUACCAAAUUAUCAUAAAAAAGUUUCUAAACUUCGUCGCGGUCGUGACAAUUUCCAAAUCUCUGAAAUACAAGAAAUGGUACGUGGUAAAAAAUCUAGCGACUCGAUGAAACAAGCAGGUGAACAAAAUCUCGAUGGGGAUAAAGUAGUAAAAUCAUCGAAACCCUUGCUAGGUGAUCAAAUACACUCACUGCGAAGAAAGACACCAACUUCUGUAAAGAUGAGUAAAUCUGAUAUGAAUCAAUCCUUAAAAUCAUAUAAUAAUAAUAAUGAUGAUGACAGUGAAAGAAAUGAUCAGAAUGUCACUGAUGCAGGCGGUGGUCCAGUAGAUAAUCCAGCUUUUGAAGGUGAAGAAAUCAUUGGAAAGAAGAAAGUGUUACCUGGUUUAUCUGGCUUGGGAAUAUCAAAGCUGAUUAAAUCAGUUUCAAUUCCAGGUCAAGAAACCUCCUUUACUUCAGAUGUAAUAGUUCAACCAAUUAUUCACCCGACUGUUACACCAUGCACAAGUACAAUAGUAUGUGAAGAAACUAGUAUAUCACCGCCACCACCGUUACCAACGCAACAACCAACAACAUCACAAUCAUUGCUUCAAUCAUCAGUUGGAACAAUUAAAUCUUCAUUGGACAAAGCAAAAGAUACACAUGAGACCGGUGUAAAAUCUGUUUUAAAAAAGACUCCAACUGAUGUAAAACAACCAAUUGAAACAAAGAAAUCGCCAUUAAAACAAGAUGUUGUUGAAGGGAAAGUUGACGCUCAAGUUGAAACAUUGAAAACAUCCACUGACGAUAGCAAAGUGAAACAACGUAAAAAGGCGGAUAUUCAACAGACACCACAAUUAUUGGAUAAACGUAGUGAUUUUGUUUGA